ACGGCGGAUGGUCAGUUUGAGGCAAGCGGCGUCCAUUCUGGAGCUGCGCUCGCCCAAAUGCAGGGUUUACGACCUUUCGAUCAGAGUCCUGUCGACGGGGGUCACGAUUCAUAUACUGUAGAGAAGUGAUACGAACUGCGCCACAGUUUUGUCUUUUCGGGCGGGGAUUUGGGGGUUUGAUCAAGCGAAGGAUUGCGCGGAGGGAGGAAUUGGAUCGAGAAUCUUGGAGAAGAACAGGGCAACGCAAACCGCGACUGUGCAGUGACCCACACGGGAAUAGUUGACUUUUCGCGUCGUCCGGCUCCGCUUGCAGGGAAUCUCGAUGGCAAUGUCUGUCCAUCUCGUAAAGGUGAGGCUGGUUUUCUCGGAGCGACGAUGCUAUCUGAGUGUCGACGCUCCUAGACUAUCCACCGCUCCCGGCUGCUGCUGCGUGCUCAGCAGCGAUCAUACUCUCCAAUAGAAUGGCGAUCCACAUCUAAGCCUGUUCUUCACGUGAAUGGUUGCAGAUCGAUCAUCGGUCUGCGAGAAUUCGUCCCCGAUGGAGAAGAUAUUGACCAGUGGCAAGUUCCACUUCCCCCUGAGUAUCGUAUGGAUUCUCCGAGCGUUGAUUUAAGAGCAGUUGAGGCCGACUGACAUCGCAUGCUCCACUCCUCACUGCGUACGUAUUAUGAUGCUGUAAGUCCUGCGAUUUGCCGGCAUAUAGUCCGACAUACUUACAUACUUACUUCGUGAUCACUCCGAUCGAGCUUCUUUCUUCUGCAAGGGAAGGGUCGAUGCGUCCGGACCAGAAUGCACCCCCAUCGGCCUCCAGCGCACCGGAUCUGAUCGUCGUCCAUGUCUCCUCACCCCCUAUACCAGUGCCCCGGCCGCCUCAGUUGGCCCGUGAGCUGGGCGUGAGAAUCGGCCCGACAUCGACCUGAUCGAUCCUACCAGCGGAUCUUGCCUGCGGAUCCUUGCAAGGGUUUGUGCUGCCGAGCUUCCUUUGCGCUCUGCUCUGCUCUGCUCGAAGCAAAAAGGGGUCUGUCCGGCUGCCGCAGGCGAGGAGUUCCGGUGCUUCCCCGUGCCUGCCUGCCUGCCUGCCAGCCAAUCGAGGCUCCGGGGAUCCAAUUCUGCGACUAUGAGAAGGAGUAAAUCUGGAGGACACUCGAACUUCUACUCGACAUCCAAGGAGGCGCCGUCGCGAAGUCGGAGCAGGAAGCCAGAGGAAGGAGCGGACUUCGGAAGCAGAGGACCGGCGGAGAGAGAUGCCAGGCCCAAGAAGAGAAGCACGUCCACGGCCGGGGACGAGAGCAGAUCAUCAGGAUUUCGAGAAAACGCCAGGCGAGAAAACGUGAUCGAGGAACUGAAGCAGCUGCGCCAGCGCGUUCAGUCGCUGGAGAAGAAGGUGACCGAGCAGAGGCAGGCGAUGCUGCAAUUGGAACGGUCCAACUCAGCCAUCACCGAGGACGUAUCGGAGGUCGUGAGGAGAGUGGAGAGGGCUUAUGCCGACGCUACGAGAUUACGAAGCCCCCCUCGCAGUCCAUGUAUCAUAUCCAGCCAUAGAACCUCUCGGAUUUCAGCUUCGUCGAGCUGCAGACCGAGCUCGCGCUACUCGGCGCUCUCCGCCGCCGCCGCCGACGACCAUCCGCACUCGCAUCCUGCUGCUGCCGAGCGAGAGCAGCAGGCGUCGGCGUCGGCGGCCACAGCAACCUCGUCCGGCAUUGCACCGGCUGCGAGGGAUCCGAAUUGCAAGUCCGAAGCCGACGCCAGCACUCUCUUCCCAGGCCUGCCGGACGAGAUCACCAUCAAUCGCAUCCUCACGCUCGUGCCCUGGUGCAAGCUCUACCUCCUCUCGACGCUCAACCGCAGCUGGCAGCACGCCUUCCGCAGCCGGCAAGUGCACGACGCGCGAGCGCGCUGCGGCGCCCAGCAAGCGCUCUUCGUGCUCAGCCAUCCGUCGCUCGUGAGCCUGCUGCAGAAGUCGUACGACUUCAAAAAGCUCGCGCUCUCGCUCUACGACGCGGCGCGCAACGCCUGGCAUUUCCUGCCCAGCCCGGCCGACGGCGUGGCCAAGACCUGGCGCCUGGGCCACUUCGAGACCGUGUUCGUCGACGGGCGCCUGUACGUGCUGGGCGGCCUGUUCAAGGAGAAGAGCGGCGAGGUGCUGCACAAGGGCGACGAGGUGCACAUGCUCGACCUCGGCGCCUGCGAGAGCACGUGGCGCCGCUGCGCCAGCAUGGGCGUGGUGCGCGAGCGCUUCGGGUGCGCGGCCGUCGACGGCAAGGUGUUCGUCUUCGGGGGCCUGGAGCCGCACGCCGACAAGUAUGAGUACGAGUACUACCGCGACCGCGAGAUCUGGACCAACUGCGAGGUCUUCGACCCGGCGCGCAACGAGUGGAGCUCGGUCGAGUCGAUGCCGUUGGGGCGCAUCGGCCACAGCGUGGUCGACUUCCGCGGCGAGCUGUUCAUGUACGGCGGCAACGCGCGGCCCAAGGGCUGGUCGCGCUACGAGGACCUCGAGGACAUGAAGGACUCGGACUUCACGGACGCCUACAAUCCGGCCUGCGACCGCUGGCGCCAGGUCGAGAAUUUCGCCAAGCUGUGCCCGCAGGGCGCCCUGCUGCUGCUGCCAGGCCAGGACGGCCAGCCCGCGUGCAUCUGCGACGUGACCAAGGACGCCAUCUUCCGCUACGACGACGCGCCGUUCGGCUACAAGCGCACGCGCAUCCAGUCGCACAAAAUGGUCUCGCCCGGCUGGUCCGAGGAGCAGUACGUGUCGUCGUGCGUCGCCGUCGACAACGAGCUGUUCGCGCUGCUGGUGUUCCGCAAGAAGUACUACGCCGACGAGGGAGGCAUCCUCUACUGCAGCCCCGAGGCCGUGCUCAUGAAGCGCUCCUUCGACCUGCACGACGCCUCCUGCGCCUCCGAGCCCUCGGGCUCGGGCUCGCUCUCGCCCACCUCCUCCUUCUCGGCCUCUUUCUGGACCUCGCGGUCCAGCGCCCCUCGCCCUCCCGCCUUCGUCUACUUGGACAACCUGCCGGCCAGCGUCGAAGCUCUGUGCCCGACCAGGUCUCGUCUCGUGUCCGUGCAGUUGUAGCCGAAUUUGCUCUUGAGCCCUCCCCUCCCCUUCCCUUCUUUCCAGUUCCUCUUCUUCGUCUUGUUUCUGUCGCCAUUCGCUCUCCUACGUGAGGAACAUGAACGCUUGAAAAUAGACGCAGCAGCGCUGCACUUGGCAUGGAUGGAUCUCUCAUACUCUGAAACUUAAACAACACGUUUUCUCCGUAGAUUGUAAAUAUUACGGAUUUCCGACGUCGCCGCUGAUACGUACUCCUGGAGUGAGGCCAGUUGCUGGAAAUUGUAUUGUGUAAUUUGUUGCUUAUUCGAAUGCGCAACCUGACAGGGCCAGUU